AUGGGCAUCUUUCAGGUCAAGGCCACGGCCGGUGACACCCACCUCGGCGGCGAGGAUUUCAACACCCACAUGGUAAAACACUUAGUGCGGGAGUUCCUUAAGAAGUACAAGAUGAAUGACAUCAGGAAAAACCCAAGGGCGCUUCGCCGGCUCAGGACGGCCUGCGAGAAGGCCAAGAGGGUGCUCUCCUGUGCGUCCCAGGCCACCGUUGAGAUCGACUCGCUUCACGACGGCAUCGACUUCCAUGGGGUCAUCACCCGCACAAAGUUCGAGGAGCUCAACAUGGACCUCUUCAGCAAUUGCAUCGUGCAUGUGGAGAAGUGCCUGAGCGACGCCAAGAUGGACAAGUCUAUGAUCGAUGACAUCUUGCUCUUGGGUGGCUCCUCCCGGAUCCCAAAAGUCCAAGAGCUCCUUCGGGAUUUCUUCGACGGGAAAGAACUCUGCACAAGUAUCAACCCGGACGAGACCGUCGCCUACGGUGCCGCUGUAAAGGCAGCGCUCCUCAACGACGAGGGCUUCAAGGAAGUGCGGGAUGCAGUCCUGCUCGAGGUCACCCCGCUCUCACUUGGGGUGGAGACGGAAGGUGGUGUCAUGAGCGUGCUGAUCCCGAAGACCACUACCAUCCCGGUCAAGAAGGAGAGGGUUUACACGACUUGCUACGACAACCAGACCCAGGUGCUGUUUCUGGUGUACCAAGGCGAGGGGUCGGAAACCAAGGACAAUAUCCUCCUCGGGAAGUUCACUCUCGGUGGCAUCCCCCGAGCGCCCAGGGGCGAGCCGAAGAUCAACGUCACCUUUGAAAUCGAUGCUGACAGCAUACUGCAGGUACGGGCAACAAGAACAUAA